AUGGUGGUGAACAAUCCUAAUAACUGGCAUUGGGUCGAUAAGAACUGUAUUGAUUGGUCCAGAGAGUAUUUCUCUGAGAGAUUGGCCAACUUGAGUGGAAUUGAAGAUGGGAAGAAGGUUAUUAUCGAUUCCAUUUCUUCUGUAGAGGGAGACGUUGAAGUCAUACAGCGUAAGGGGAAAGUGAUGUCACUUUUUGACUUACGUUUGGUAUUCAACAUUCUGGGAACUUGUGAUGGUGAAGAUUCUGAUUUUAAAGGUUCUAUUACUGUUCCCGAGUUGGCUUAUGAUACUACAGCAGAUGAGAUUCAAUUUGAUAUUAGUAUUUACAAUGAAAACAGCCAAGCACAAGCCAUGAGACCAUUUAUCAAACAGGCUUUACUUCCUAAAAUUAGAGACAUUUUGGGUAAGUUUGGCCAUGAUUUGAUUGUCACUCAGAGUUGUGACAUUCAAAUUUCAGCUGAUAAAGUUAACUCCGAAUUAACAAAAGGGAACCAAGCUCGUACAACCGGGCAAGCUACUACUAAUAAUAAUAAAGUUGUUGAAAAAACUACUACCUUAAAGACUACUCCUGCCACAGCUACAGCUACUGCUUCUGCUACAGCACUGGCUGGUCCAAGUUCAACUACUCCAAAGUACAAUACACUGACCUUACACUUAGAACCUGUGUUUAACACCACCAUAGACCAAUUGUAUUUGACGUUAUUAGAUGGCAAUAGAAUCGCAGCAUGGUCCAGAUCAGCCCCUAAAAUUGAACUGUUCCCACCUUCAGAAGGCAGUGAGUUCCAAAUCUUUGGUGGAUCUAUUCUGGGUAAACUUAUUAAAUUAGUACCCAACCAAAGAAUCGUUCAAACCUGGAGAUUGGACGAUUGGAAAGCAGGCCAUUAUUCUACUUUAGAUAUCGAAUUGAUUCAAGGGAGUAGUGACUCGAAAAUGGUUGUUAAAUGGUCUGGAAUCCCCAUUGGUGAAGAAGAGAGAGUUAGAAAUAACUUUGAAGAAUACUAUGUCAAGUCUAUUAAAUUGACCUUUGGUUUUGGUGUCACAUUUUAG